AUGGUUAGGAAAAAUUAUGAUGCUUUGAACAAAGAGUUCUCCCAAACAGUUUGGAUGAAACUGGCUGCGGCUACGUUAAUUUUGAUACAGCUAUUCAACCGACGCAGAGCGGGGGAAAUCGAGCGGAUAUUCAUAGACGAUUUUCGAAGUCAGCAAAAGAUCGACAACAGUACCAUUGGCGAGGCGUACACGAAGUUCACACCGGACGAAAAGCGGGCUGCGAUGAAAUACUUAUUGCUGAAGUAUAGACCCACCGCGCUUGUGAAUAAAAGAAUUCCAUACUUGUUUGGAAUUCCUGGAACCCUCAAGGGUGAUUACAAAAAUUUUCGCGCCUGCGAGCUCAUACGAAAAUUUGCAGUCGAUUGCGGUGCUGAGAAUCCACAAACAUUACGCGGAACGAUUCUUCGAAAACAAAUUGCUACGAUGUGCAUAACUUUUAAUUUGACAGACAAUGAUAUAUCUGAUUUAGCGAACUUCUUAGGCUAUGCCGACAAAAUUCACAAAGACUACUAUCGGCAACCCAUCAUAUCACGAGAAAUUCUUCACGUUUCAAAGCUUCUAGAGGCCGUGCAAGGAAAAAACGACGAUUCCGAAGGUGAUUCCGACGACGGAGGCAACGUUUGUAAGACUGGUUCCUCAACGCUUGGAACAUCUGUUAACCGUUCGGAAACCGAGAUACGAAUAGGGACCAACGAGCAUCGACAUACAAACGAAAAUCCAGCCACACAAUUAUCUGGUGAUCAGGAACCAGAAUUCGGUGAUACCAAUUACGAUAAAGGGAACUCGUCUGAUGAUGAAAUAUUCGCGAAACCGAAAGCGAAAAAAAAACGAUCGACAUCACCUUAUGGAAAGUGCCGCCGAACUCGAUGGAAUGAGAAAGAAAAGGAAAUCGCACGCCGAUAUUUCAGUCAGAGCAUCGCGACAAAAACCCUUCCCUCGUUUCAAAUGAUCCAAGAAAUAAUUGAUGCGAAUCCUGGAAUUUUUAAUCGCAACUUAGCGUCGAGCAAAUCAUGGGUCAGCAACCAGAUAAAGAAGGGGAGCUAAACGUCUGACGACGUACUUUCCAUACAAGACAAGGUUUCUAUGUAACAGCAUAUGAUAAUAGCUAAUAUAAUAAACGAGAAAUGAAGACUA